CCCCCCCCCCCCCGGUCCACACACGCUAUCAACUGCUAAUAAAUAAAAUAUCCAAAGAUUUCAACUUUCUCCGGUGACUUUGAACAAGGAGAAGGGGACCAAAAUACCCUAAUAGCCCACAAAGUCUUGUUACCUGAAAAUUUCAUCCUCCUUUCAAGCCAAAGAAACGCAUGAAACAAAAACCUUAAAAAACCAAAGCCUCAUUUAAUGAUGUUUCUCUGUUCUUUUUUAUUUUGGGGUGAGACACACAAAUAACAGCUUCACCACCUAAAAUCAUCAAACAAAGAAAGAAAAAAAGAACUUCCCUUUUUAAUACUUGUUCUUCGUUUCUACAUUUGUUAUAAAAAGGGAUUUUUGCUUGAUGGGUGUUUUGACAAAUCUAAGAGGAUCAAGAGCUGCAACAGCAUCACAAGAAGGGUUGCCUGUAUCAGAUGGGUCACCAUCAAAUUCCACUCAAGUUUCAAUCUUUAAAAUGAAGUGGUCAAAUUUUUUGCCAAUUUUUGUUGCUCUUGUGGUGAUAGCAGAGAUCGCCUUUCUGGGUCGUCUUGAUAUGGCUAAAAAUGCCGAUUUAGUUGAUUCCUGGGCUGAUAGUUUUUUCUACAGGUCAACUAUAUCUGCUGAUAUGGUGGAAAGUGGUGAUUUUGGAUCGGAAACAGUGAAUAUGGAUAAAACUAAGAGAACUUCGGAGUCAGAUAGCUGUGUGGAGUGGUUAGAAAAAGAGGAUGCUGUGGUUUAUUCAAGAGAUUUUGAUAAAGAUCCCGUUCUGGUCGCUGGAGCGGAAAAGGAGUGGAACACAUGUGGGGUGGAAUGUCAGUUUGGAUUUAACCCCGGUAAAAAGCCAGAUGCUGGAUUUGGCGUACCUCAACAAAGUGGAACAGCUAGUGUGUUAAGGUCGAUGGAAUCAGCUUCCUACUAUGCAGAGAACAAUAUUGCUCACGCACGACGAAGAGGAUAUGAUGUUGUAAUGACAACGAGUCUCUCCUCAGAUGUGCCAGUUGGAUAUUUUUCCUGGGCUGAGUAUGAUAUCAUGGCACCAGUGCAGCCAAAGACUGAGAAAGCACUAGCAGCUGCUUUCAUUUCCAAUUGUGGUGCUCGCAACUUCCGCUUGCAAGCACUUGAUGCACUUGAAAGGUCGAACAUCAACAUAGAUUCCUAUGGUAACUGCCAUCGGAACCAUGAUGGAAGAGUGGAUAAAGUAGAGACUCUGAAGCGUUACAAAUUUAGCUUGGCUUUUGAGAAUUCCAAUGAGGAGGAUUAUGUCACAGAAAAAUUCUUCCAAUCUCUUGUUGCUGGAACCAUACCUGUGGUAGUUGGUGCUCCAAAUAUUCAAGAUUUUGCUCCUGCACCUAACUCAAUUUUACAUAUCAAGGAGCUAGAAGAUGUUGAUUCAAUUGCGAAGACUAUGAAAUACCUUGGAGAAAAUCCUGAUGCCUACAAUCAAUCAUUAAGGUGGAAAUACGAGGGCCCAUCUGAUUCUUUCAAGGCCCUGGUAGAUAUGGCAGCAGUACACUCAUCAUGCCGUCUUUGCAUUCACCUCGCUACCAUGAUUCGGAAGAAAGAGGAAAAUAGCCCAGGGUUUAAGAGGCGUCCCUGCAGAUGCACCAAAGACUUAGAGACCGUGUAUCAUUUAUAUGUAAGAGAGAGAGGAAGAUUUGAGAUGGAGUCCAUCUUCUUGAGGUCUGGCAAUCUAACUGUAAAUGCUCUAGAGGCUGCUGUGCUCAAGAAGUUUAAGUCGUUGAAGCAUGUGCCCAUCUGGAAGCAGGAAAGACCUGAAAGCAUAAGGGGAGGAGACGAUUUUAAAGUUUACAGAGUGUACCCUGUAGGCAUGACACAGAGGCAAGCUCUGUACUCUUACAAAUUCAACACUGAUGAUGAUUUCAAGAAUCACUUGGAAGUCAACCCAUGUGCAAAGUUUGAGGUGAUAUUUGUCUAGGACGAUUUCUGAAUUCUGACGACCACGAUUGCUAAUUUUGAGCUUCUUGUUAAAAUGUGUGCAAGGAAGUCAAGUUGACUUGUUUGGAGGGUUGCUUCCAUCCUUUUCCGUUGGCCUCCUUGUAUCUGAUGUUUUGCAUAAGCAAUGAAGUGCUAUAGCUUGCUGGAAAGUUGGGUUAUUUGGGGUAAACCCUUCACUGACCUUGGUGAUGCAUGGUGAAUCAUUUAAGAUAUUCUUCUGAUUUGACAUAGCCUUAACUCGACCUUGUCGAAGUUGUCUUUGGUGAGGCAUAGCAAUCUCAACUCCCAGAAAUCUAUUUGUAAACGCUGUUUUCGAUAGUGUUCUUAGCAAUGCACUGUUGUGAGAAUUUCUCGUCAGAUUUUAGAUUGCUGAUAUAUCAAGAACAUCCCCUUAUACUUUUUCAAGA